AUGCCGACCACGUGCGGCUUCCCGAAUUGCAAAUUCCGAUCACGUUAUCGUGGACAAGAAGAUAAUCGUCAUUUCUAUCGUAUACCAAAACGACCACAAGUAUUACGUCAACGUUGGUUACUUGCCAUUGGACGUACCGAGGAGACCGUCGUCAGUCAGCUACGAAUCUGCUCAGCACAUUUUGAAGGUGGUGAGAAGAAAGAAGGCGACAUUCCAGUACCGGAUCCAACGGUCGAUAAACAGCUGAACAUCGAGCUGCCACCGAAGGAAAGUAAAGGCGGAGAACGGAAACGAAAUAAAGGUAGCCCUCCUUUGUCGAGGUCGCUUGUCGUUCGUAAACGUCAGCUGCCUGACUUCCUACGGAAUCCACUUGGUGAGUAA